UGAUGGCACUACAGGUAUCACAACAGAUUCAAACAUUAACCAGCGCAGUGUAUUAACUGUGUAGUGUCGUGAACAUUCCAAAUAUUUAAAACACCUUUCAAAAUGAAGUUCGCAAUGUUCGUUGCUUCGCUAAGUGCAGCCCUGGCUCUGUUCGGAACUCACGCAGCAGUCGUCCCGGUAGCACCGGCCGUGGCUGUGAGCACCAACUACGAUCCACUGCCACAGUAUACCUAUGCGUACAACGUGCAAGACGCUCUGACGGGCGAUAGCAAAAGCCAACAAGAAACUCGUGAUGGCGAUAUUGUACGAGGCUCGUACUCACUGGUCGAACCAGACGGCACUCUACGCACGGUGAUUUAUACGGCCGAUCCUGUCAAUGGAUUCAACGCGGUAGUCCAGCGUGGUCCACUUGUACCGGUGGCUGCUGGUCCAGCCGUUCUUGCACCCGCUCCUGUAGCGCGAGUGUUAGGAUAACUGUCCAGUUAGUACGUUGAAUUUAUCCGACAAUAGGGCGGAUGUCUAAUCUAGAAUAAUUUAGCACGAAUCACCUUAACCAUCAAAAUGUUGUGUUGUGUUGUAUAGACUGAAAUAAAAUAAUAUAGAAAUUGUUAUCAUCAGCAAACUCUUGGCCACUUGUAUGCUUGCACAUGAGUUACGAAAUUAUUCAUCAAACCAGCUUUACUUUUCACCAGAG